CACAUACGUACAAACCCUAGAAUUAUGUGUUUUGUUAUAUUUUUAAACCCCACUCACCCACCCCUCUGUUAAAAAAAAACAGUCGCAAUCUUCUUUACAAAAUAUAUAUAAAAAAAAGAGUUGAAUCUCAUAUAAAACAAGGGAGAGAGAUUUUGAAGGCAAGGAAUUAGCAGAUGGAGAAAUAUCUACUACAACACUUGGAUGAAGAAUUGAGGCGUUUACAAAGUGUGACCCAGCAGAUGGAAGAGUGUAUUCAUUCAAAGAAUCACGAGGUUGAUAGAUUGGUGGAAGUAAUUUUGAGGGCAGAGGAGGGUAGAAAAAAUUCAACGAAUCAAAUUUUGUCUAGUUUAGCAACAGUAAUUGAUAAAAUAAAUAGUUUUGAAGGUCAAUGUUCAAAGGGGCAUAUGCAAACCGGUUUGGCGGAGAGUAACAUGGAAAAAGAUGCUAAACAAUUUCAGAUGAAGCAAUCUAAUGUUGGUGAAGUGAAAACUAAUAUAAUGACUUCAAUUGAAUGUGUAGAUGGUAAACCAGUAAAUAGUGUUGAGAGUGAGGUGAAGUUUGUCUCUGAUUUGAAAAGGAGUGGUAAUGUGAUUGAAGGUGAAAGUUCAAGUGAAAAGCGUUGUAGAACUGUGCCAAACCGUAUACCCUCUUUUACCCAAUUUGGGCGAACAUUGAAGGAUUUAGGACACAUUAAGGGGAUUGAUGGUGUUGAAAUAAGAGGAUCUCAAAAGUCAUUAUCAACUUGUAAAUUAUCAGUUAGACAAAGUUCAUGUGUUAAGGGUGUGUCUGAGAUAUGUCCUGUUGGUCAGGAUACUAGUAGUGGGUUAGAUGUUUUGGAACUUUGUAAUUUGAAGGAGAAGAAGGACGUUGGACCUUUUAAAGUUAAUGUUUCACUAGUUAAUGUCGAGAUGGAUAAAAUAAUCUCGUAUUUGUUUGAGAAGAGCUUAAAAUCAAGUGACAUUCUAGUUGACACUAAAUUUCAUCAGUUGGAGCGUCAUAUAUUUCAAACACUUGCUCCUUCUCAGAACAUUAAUGGAGAGAUAAUAAACAUUGUAUCGGAGAUGUGUACACAUAAAAGGAGAGAUUCUAUGAGUAAGACUGGUUCAAACUGGUACCUAACUACUUGGAUGACGAGUAAGUUUACUUAUUCCAAGAAAAGCCAACGAAAUGGUGGAACAAGUAAUCCAAUGAGAUCAUUCUUUUUAGGAGAUUUGGCUUUGUGCGAGAAGAUAUUUGUUCCUGUUCAUGUAAGGUCCGAGGAUCAUUGGAUCUUGUUGAUAGUAAAGAUGAAGGGGAUAAUAGAAAUAUGAGACUCACUUCAUGGUGGAAAGUCUGUUGGGAAUGAAAUUUUGAAGGAAGCGGUUAGAUAAAUUACCAUUAUUCAUAAUAAUAUAUCUAUGUGCACUUUUAUGGUUAUUUGAUAUUGGGUGGUGUCUCUUUUGCUUAGAUAA